CAUCGGUGUACAAAAGGGGAUUCAGUUACAUGACUGGCAUGAAACGUCAAAGCCACAGGCUACAUUAAUAAUACUGCUCUGUUCGUGAAAGACUGCCGUGAAAUUGUGUCAGAUUUAUGAGUGCUUUUGUUUUGUUUGUUAUAUGGAUUCUAGAUAAUCGAUUAGCCUACACUCAGAGGUGUAAAGAGUACUUGAAAACCAUACUUGAGUAAAAGUACAGAUACCUUACAGUGAAAAUGACUCCACUACAAGUUACAAGUCACCAAUUCCAAAACAACUUGAGUAAAAGUCUUAAAGUAUCUGAUUUUAACAGUACUGAAGUAUUUUACUCAUACUAAAUAUAGGCUCAAAGAUGCACUAGUGCUCAACACCAAAGAGACAUGCCAGUGAAAACACAAACAACUGAUUUGUAAGAUGAGAAAUCAUGUUUGUUUUGUAAAAUCAAAAUAAAACUGAAUACCUCAAUAUUGCAAUAAAUCAAGGUCGACACAACAGCCUCUUAAACGUCUACAAACUCUCAAGUCUCAGUUAAGCUCAAGUGCUCAUAUAGGCCAUAAGUAAAUCAAUAUCCUUCAAAAAGGUCUCGUCAAUAUAGCGGAUAAAUAAAAUAAUGUUAAGUAAAAUUAAAUAGUCAAAGCCUACUUGAACUGGAUGUGCUGGUUUAAGCUGCAGUCAUGACCUCAUCUCCUAAAUCAAACACCUGUGAUUCAGCAACUACCUGCUAAUGCACUCACAUUCACGUAGUCUUAUUGACUUAUUGAAGUUUAGGUGAGUAAAGGCAAAACGCACAAGAUAUAGUACCUUCAAAGUACUUAGAUGCUGAAAUCGCUUCUUUAUAGCACAAACAAACUGCUGCAGAAAAAGUUAGGUGCCAUGCAAAAUGUAAUGUGUAAUUGCAUUACUCAUCACAAAUGUAUUGGAGUAAAAAGUACAUUUACUUGUUCAAAAAUGUAGAGUAAAAGUUGCAAAUAUCUUUGAUACUCAGUACAACUACAAAGCAAGUAGCCAAAAAGAUACUUAAGUACAGUAACUAAUUACAUGUACUCAAAUACUUUACACCACUGCCUACACUUCAGCUACGUCGUACAGCCAAUGUUAAAAAAUAUAUAUAUUUGCCAUUCUCCUUUUCCUCCAAAUAAUGUGCUUUGAGAGAUUUAAGUUAGGGUACAUUGCACUUGCAGUUUAAAGGUAAAGUUAAUGCUAAAUAUUUUAGACGUGAUCGGUUAUCAAGCUUUCGUCAGUCAGGUUGAAUUUAAAUAAAAACUUUAAAGAAGGAAAAUAUGGGUAAUAUUGCACAUUAGCGCAAUUCAGGUCACUAACAGAAGUCACUUAAAAAAAAAAAUAAAAAAAAAAAAUAAAAAACAGAAGUCACUUUCAAACCAAGCAGCUUUCUGUUGGUCAGCUCGGGGAAUCCACGUGACCAACUUGAAAAUGAGUAAAAUAUUGGAAUGACUGGAUUUCGCCCGCGAAAACUGGCCGAUUAACGUUAAAUAUGAGCGCACAUUAAAGGUAAGUUAGGCUUACUCACUCAUUGCGGUUUUGAAGUAACUUCAAAAAAAUAUUUUAAACAUGUGGAUCAGAUGGUUAAAUAAAACCGUACAAAGUCAGACUUUAAAUUAAUCGCGCGCGAUUAGGCUACGCCUCCGAGACGGCAGGGGAAUCGCUCUGCGCGUGGAGGAAUGGGUGGCGCGCGUGCUCGGUUUAAGAAUGUAAAUUACGUUUGAAACCCAAAUGGCUCGAAUUGAAUUCGCAUUAUCUCAAGUGAAAGGGCGGGGGUGGGGACACAUUUAACCUCCCCAACAGCUUCAAGUGAUCUAAAAAUGUAAACAAAUUAACCAAGCCUACGGCAUGAUGGUGUCUUUUAAUAUAUCAAUGUUUAUAAUGCCACAGAAACCACAUUGGUACAACAUAAAAUUAGUUAGAUAAAUUUGUCAGCACAUUGGGCAAGGUUUGUUUAUUUAUUUAUCAAUUUAUUUCCUCAGAUUAAAACACAAUCUGCUUGUAUACCCACGUGAAAAAAAUACUAAAGUAUUUACUAUAGUAAAAUAUAGUAAAUUGUUGUAUACUGUAUAUAUUAUAGUAUUUACAGAACUUUUCUAAUGAAUGCUACAGCAUAAUGUAGUAUUAACUAUAGUGAACUAAUCAACUGUAAUAAAUACUGUAGUAUACUUUAGUUUUUACUACAGUAAACUGUAGUGUAUUCAUUGUAGUAUAAUAUACCCAUAGUUGUAGAAAACUUAGUACGGUAUUGGGUAUUACCACAACAACUAUAGAAUUACCACAACAAAUUAAUUCAAGUACUUUACUAUAGUAUGGUUCAAAAACACUAUAAUAUUUUCUAUAAAUUAGUAUAGUAUUUUUAGGCUAUAUGAUUAGUUCUGUACAGUUUUGCAACUUUUAACUGAUCCAGAAUUUUUCCAGUGUAUCUAAAUUCAACAUGUAUUUUGUGUUGUGUGCAUAAUGAUAUGAAAGUUAGGAAUUAUAAGAUAAUUUUAACUCUGAAAUUUAGUCACUCAUGAAACUUAAGAUAUCUCUCUGAUAUAUCUUAUCCUCUUUCUGAUAUAGCUUAUCCCCCCACCUUUCUCAGAGGUGCCACACCACCCCCCAAACAAAUGAGGGCUGAGGUGUGACCGUGACAGCCAAUCAGAGUAGAGAGGGUGUUACAAAACUUGUAUAAAUAGUUCAGGUGAGACAGGUGUCAGGUUGAGAUGCACCUGACCAAUCCACCUGUGUUAGACAGAGGCAGCAGAACAGAAGAAGGUAUUUUCUCCCAGAACAAACAGAAAAAAAAGGGAGGAAAGCAUGACGUCAUUUGUUCCACAAGCCCUUUCACCGCAGUUCCACAGCAUGGGGCAGGAGUCCCAAGAGUUCAGCCUGUACGGUGACAACUUUUACAGCACUCAGCCUGUGCCUAGUCCACAGCAAACCCUGCCGUCCGCUUACGAUUUUGGAGAGUAUGCCGGACAGACCUCCAACCCUUACCUGUGGUUCAACGGACCUGGGCUCAAUCCGGCUCCCUGUCUCAGCGGAGGGCCUCAGCACUACGGGAUGACGAAGCCGUACAUGGCUGCAGGUGGAAUCGGAGGCUCGGACACCGGCAUCAGCUGGUUCUCCCUGCCUUCCCAAGAAGAUCUGAUGAAACUCGUGAGGCCUCCGUACUCUUACUCAGCACUCAUUGCGAUGGCAAUACACGGAGCCCCAAACCGUCGUCUCACUCUUAGCCAGAUCUACCAGUAUGUGGCUGACAACUUCCCCUUCUACAACAAGAGCAAAGCCAGCUGGCAGAACUCAAUCCGGCAUAAUCUCUCGCUCAACGACUGCUUCAUGAAAGUGCCCAGAGAUGACACAGAUCCAGGUAAAGGCAACUACUGGACCCUUGACCCAAACUGCGAGAAGAUGUUUGAUAAUGGCAACUUCCGUCGCAAAAGGAAGAGAAAGUCCGACGCUUUGGCUGAAGAGGAGGGAAAAGGUUAUUCUGGAUCAGACUCGGCUCUAUCAAGUCCUAAAGAGCCCAGCGACUCCUCCGAGAGGGGAAACUCUCCAGUGUCCACAGAUCUGACACCCUGUCUCAAAGGCUUCCUAAGUCAAAUGGGUGAUGUGGCUUCAGGCUCAAGAGAGGCUCUUCUCCCAUCUCCUCUGGCAUUGCCUUUGAGCCAAAGAUCUUCUCCGACUGGGGCGUAUGGCUCGUACUCGCCGAACGCAACUGUGCCGCAAUGGGAAACCCACAUCCCUCCCCCUGUCGCAUCCAACAUCUCCACUUCGCCCGCUCCAUACACAGACAGCUAUAGUGACUCUAUGCUCAACCAGUACACCAGCCAGCUCUAUCCAGUGCUGGGCUCCUCUGACUUGCUGUAUCCACAGGAGGGAACAGAGGUGUAGCACUGGAUAUAGCACCAUCAGGUAUGAACUGUGGCCGCAGGCACUUGAGGGAGCGGUCGGCCUGCAUCACAGGCCAAGUUCCCACCGCAGUGCCUGAUUCAGCAGGUCCGAGUGGAUGCAGAGGAGAUUCCCUCUAUCAGACAGUUGUGUGAACGCUCUCACACGCGCUUCUCAGACUCACUUGCUGACAUCAUCUAAUUCAUGUUGCAGCUGAAAGACAACAGUAAUCGCCCUGGGCUACUGCUCCCAGUCCCGUUUUUUUUGUGUUGUGGUUUUUGUUUUGUUUUUGCAAAACAUUUCAAUUCUGUAAAAGUGAAGCUUGGAACAUACAUAAAUGCACUGACUUUUGGCAUGAAUAUGAAUUUGUCCAUUGUUCAAUAUUUUCUAUUUGUAUUGUUUACUUUAUGUACUUUGUGAUUGUAAUAUAUAUUGUAUUUGCCAAAAUAAACAACAUGCAUAUUCAAACA